GGGGCCUCGUGUGCCCAUGGCCGGCUCGGAGCAGCAGCGGCCGCGGCGGAGGGAUGACGGCGACUCAGACUCGGUGGCGGCGGCGGCGCCUCUGCAGGACGCGGAGCUGGCCCUGGCUGGCAUCAACAUGCUGCUCAACAACGGCUUCAGGGAGUCAGAUCAGCUUUUCAAACAAUACAGAAAUCAUAGUCCAUUAAUGAGUUUUGGAGCCAGCUUUGUCAGCUUUUUGAAUGCCAUGAUGACAUUCGAGGAAGAGAAAAUGCAGUUGGCGUGUGAUGACUUGAAAACCACGGAGAAGCUGUGCGAAAGUGAAGAGGCCGGAGUGAUUGAAACAAUUAAGAAUAAGAUUAAGAAGAAUGUGGAUGCUCGAAAGUCCACCCCGUCGAUGGUUGAUCGACUUCAGAGGCAAAUCAUUGUUGCCGACUGCCAGGUUUACCUGGCUGUGCUUUCAUUUGUGAAGCAAGAACUGUCAGCCUACAUAAAAGGUGGGUGGAUCCUUAGAAAAGCCUGGAAGAUUUACAAUAAGUGCUAUGUGGACAUCAACGCCCUGCAAGAGCUCUAUCAGAGGAAGCUCACGGAAGAGCCCUUGUCUCCUGAUGCUGCAAAUGAUAAUCACGUUGUGGCUGAAGGGGUGACCGAGGAGUCCCUAAACAGACUGAAAGGUGCUGUUAGCUUUGGAUAUGGCCUUUUUCACCUUUGCAUAUCCAUGGUACCCCCAAACCUGCUCAAAAUCAUCAACCUGCUGGGGUUUCCUGGAGACCGCCUACAGGGCCUUUCUUCACUGACGUAUGCAAGCGAAAGUAAGGACAUGAAGGCCCCUUUAGCUACGUUAGCGCUGCUGUGGUACCACACCGUGGUCCGCCCGUUCUUUGCCCUGGAUGGCAGUGAUAACAAAGCGGGCUUGGGUGAAGCUAAGGAAAUCCUUCUCAAGAAGGAGGCUGCCUACCCAAACUCUUCCCUCUUCAUGUUCUUCAAGGGACGGAUCCAGCGAUUAGAGUGUCAAAUCAACAGUGCCUUGACUUCCUUCCAUACUGCUCUGGAACUGGCCGUGGACCAGAGAGAAAUCCAGCAUGUCUGUCUGUAUGAAAUCGGCUGGUGCAGCAUGAUUGAACUCAACUUCAAGGAUGCGUUUGAUUCCUUUGAGAGGCUGAAAAACGAGUCCAGAUGGUCGCAGUGCUAUUACGCAUAUCUGACUGCAGUUUGUCAGGGAGCCACUGGUGACGUGGAUGGGGCACAGCUUGUCUUUAAAGAAGUCCAGAAGCUGUUCAAAAGGAAAAACAACCAGAUUGAACAGUUCUCAGUGAAAAAGGCUGAGAGAUUUCGGAAGCAAACCCCAACCAGAGCGCUGUGUGUGCUGGCGUCCAUCGAAGUGCUGUACCUGUGGAAAGCCCUUCCCAACUGUUCCUUCCCCAACCUACAGAGGAUGAGUCAAGCUUGCCAUGAAGUGGACGAUCCAUCUGUCGUUGGAUUGAAACAUUUGCUCCUUGGUGCCAUACACAAAUGUCUAGGAAACUCACAAGAUGCUGUCCAGUUCUUCCAGCGAGCUGCUAAAGACGAGCUAUGUCGUCAGAAUAAUUUGUACGUCCAGCCAUACGCAUGCUAUGAACUUGGCUGUCUCCUUCUCGACAGACCAGAGACUGUAGGAAGAGGCAGAACUCUACUCCUUCAGGCAAAGGAGGAUUUUUCUGGCUACGACUUUGAAAACAGAUUGCACGUCCGCAUCCAUGCUGCUUUGGCCUCCCUGAGGGAACUGGUCCCUCAGUGAUAAACUCCGAGUGACCCCUCUGUCCCCUCCACCCAGGGUCAGCAAUACGAAAGCAGAGGAGAAAGCUCUCUUGAAGAUCAGCUUUUCUUCUGGAAACCACCGGUGCCAGGGAUGGGUUUCCUGGUGUCGCUGACAUAUUAAAGAUUCCUCUUUUAAACACGUAGCUGCGGAGUAAUGUCCAUAAUGAUAAAAAAAAAAAAAAAAAC